UGUGUUUGUCGUAUUCUCACUGUGUGAUACGACCCAGACGAUGUAAGGAAUGGAUAAUCACGUAGAAAUCAUUUUGUGAAACUUGUAUUGGAGACCAUGGAGUUGAUUAAAUGUUCAUGGAUGCAAGUGAGUGGUUUUAAGUGUCAGUGAUUCCUUAAUAAGUGUCAACAGUAUCACACAUUCUCGCACGACUUGGACUCAACACAAUAUGGAUUGUCUUUGAAUAUUUGGAUUACUCUUCGUUUGUCUGAUGUUAUUCUACAAUUAUGGAGGAUUCGCUAGCCGAGAAAGGUGCAACUCGAGGCGAAGCGGGCGUUAAAAMUACUGAAAAUGAUGGUUGUAAGACAUCAGAAUCUGACCGCGUGGUCGCCGAAGAAAUUUGGAUUGGACGUCGGGACUCCGGACUGAGGAGACAACCCAAACUCACCGAGAAGGGUAAGAACUACAAACUUUCAGAACUUCUAAGAGAAAGAAAGCAUAUUAAAGCCAACAUACGGUCAAAUAUUGAGUCAUUUAAGGGUYUUAUGACUGAUGAAGAAAACUAUGAUCUUGUAAAAAAUGGAUAUCCUGAACUAGACAAACUUUUUAGACAUUUUGUGGAAAUUCAUGAUGCAAUACAACCGUUACUUAAUGAUUUGGGUCAAUCACUUGACAGUACUAUCUAUGAAGACACACAACAUGAAAUUGACAUCUUUAUGAAUGAGGUAGAGAGAUGGGUGGAGUCAGUUAAAGUGAAAAAACGUGAAGRGAGGAAUUCUGUGAGAUUCAAAAGUGUAUCUGGACGUAAUUCCCAAACUUCUAAGAGGUCAACAACAUCUUCAACUAAACAAAAGGCAAUUGAAGCAAAGGCUAGAAUGGUUGAAAUGAAGGCUAGACUUGAUAAGCUUGAACAAGUUGAAACUGCCAGAAAGGAAGCCGAACGUGCUGAGUUGAAUGCUCAAUUCUCAAUUGCUGCUGCUGUUAAUAAGGUUUAUGAAGAUGCAUUGAAUGAGGAAAAUGAACARUACUUGGGAUCAGAUGAUCCUGAUUAUGAUGAUCAUCAAAGAAUUGACUUGAUAACUCCUUGUAAGCCAAUCAUACYGCCUAAUGAUGAUAAAGAACAAAUUAAUCUCAGCCCAUCUACGCCAAGCAAUCAUGUUUUGGACCACACCUUUGUAUUGAAUCCAGGAGCAGAAGUAUUUAAACCACCAGCAUAUUUCUCGACAAGCAUUGGACGCACUAAAGGGACUGUAUUGGACAACCCUGAGUCGAAAGGUGCUGUGGCUAGCCCAAGGUACAUUGGAGACAUUAACAAGACUGUAUUGGAACAGAAUCUUGAGUCUAAACCUGUUAGAGCUAACAACACAUGUAUUGGAGACACCCGCAGAUCUGCAUUGGAACAUGAUCUCAAGUCUAAACAUGUCACAAAUAAUUCUGCCUUGCAACAUUCUGCUGUAAAUACACCUUUAUUCUUCUCUACACCAAAGCAACAUGUUGAAUUGAACUCAGCAACUUCAAGUGUGCUGCCACAAACAUCUCUUUUGGAAAAAAUGGAAUUGCGUAUGUCCCAACCACCUCCUAAACCGGUUCCAUUUGAUGGUGACCCAACAACCUAUUUGAGAUUUAGUGUCAACUUUAAGGAGCAAGUGGAAAGUAGGGUUUCCCUUACGGACGGUGAGAAAAUGAACUAUCUACUAAGUUAUACGUCUGGAAAGGCCCGUCAACUUAUUGAAAACUAUCAAGGACUACCUAAUGCAUGUCAGUUGUCAUUAGAUUUAUUGCAUAGAAGAUUUGGCCAAACAUCUAUGAUAGUYGAAGCAUUGAAGUCUACAGUCAUUUAUGGAGAGAAGCUGAGACCUGGUGAUGGUGCUGCUCUUUUGAUUCUGUCAGAUAAGCUUGAAAAUUGUUGUAACACCAUGAACGAACUUAACUCAAAUGAGUUAAACUGUACUACUAACUUAAAGUGUAUCUAUGAUCGUUUGCCUGACCCACUUCAAAGGAAAUGGAGGAAAACUGCUAAAUCCUAUCGUGAGCGCAACAAUGGUAAAGAACCAACACUUAGAGAACUAGCAGAUUUUAUAGCAGAAGAGUCUCAAGCUGAAAACGACCCAGUGUAUGGACAUAAGAGUGACAACAAGAUGAAAUCGACAACUCAUAGACAACAGGUUAGACCAGUUACUGCACCAAGAAACAGAAUAGCAACACUAGUAACUCCAGUUCAGAAAACCAGGGAGCCUUUGUCGGAUGCAAAACAAGAAACUCCAUCUCAAGUCAAAGAAUCUUGCCAAUUAUGUCAUAAUGGAGUGCAUGAAUUGUCUUAUUGUACUGUGUUCUUAUCAAAGGGUGUGAAUUGGAGGAGAAAAUAUGCAAGGACUGCUUCAUUAUGUUAUCUAUGUUUAUCUAACACUCAUAUCAAGAAAGACUGUACUUCAAAGAUUAGCUGCAAUGUGAAGGACUGUAAGAGCCCCAGCAGCCACAACAAACUUCUACAUUAUGAAGACAAGAAGUCAGAUGGAAACUCUUCGACAGACAACACACCUGUAAAUACUGCAACAAUGAACAAUAAGCGUGGUUUUGUGAAACUGAAAGUUGUUCCUGUGCGUGUGACAGGAGAAAAUGGAUCUUCACUCUCCACUUAUGGACUAUUAGACACUGCAGCGGCAAGCUCAAUGAUCACUGAUAAACUUUCUAAGAAAUUGCAGUUACGAGGAGUUCCUGAUAAAGUUAACAUAAGUACUGUUACACAUAAGGGUAAAGAAUAUGAACUGCCAGCUGUUGACUUUCGCGUGAGCUCUACUGAUUUAAGUGAAACGCUGGUGAACUGUUUGAAUUUUAGCUUUCAUCAAGGAACGUUAAUAAGCACAAGUCAAAAUCAAGUUUUUAUAACUGUGCCGGCUCUUCGGAUUGUUGAGGAUUUGGGUCGGAUGGCCCCGAGGACGGGAUUAAAUACAACUCACAUUCUUCACGUUCUUUAA